AAAACUGGACUUAGUUUUAUUUUCCUUCCUUGAAUCUGCAAGAAAUAGAGAGAAGAAAUCUUUAAACUUCAGACGGCUAGGGCGAAAGGAGAUCGAGAAUCAAGAAGCAGAUUCUGCAUUUUUUAAAACCCAGGAAUCAAAGAAGCGUGUUAAUAGACAUGUCGACGAUUAGAAAUCUGAAGAUCAAAACAGCCACUUGUAAGAGAAUUGUUAAGGAGCUGCAUUCUUAUGAGAGAGAAGUUGAGAGAGAGGCUGCUAAAACUGCUGAUAUGAAGGAAAAGGGAGCUGACCCAUAUGAUCUCAAACAACAGGAAAAUGUACUUGGUGAAUCCAGGAUGAUGAUUCCUGAUUGUCACAAACGUCUCGAGGCCGCAUUAGCCGAUCUGAAAGGAACCUUGGCCGAGUUCGAAGAGACCGAAGGACCUGAAUUUGAUGAAGCUAGGAUAGUCAUAACUGAUGUUGAGAAAGUGUUCCAAAAGGCGGAAGCUUAGAGUAAUGGAUUUUGUAAUUUUCAGUUCAAGUCUUGGAGCUUGUUUUGUCGAAGCUUUCAUUUUCUAAAUAAAUUGAAUUUAUUUGGAAAAAAUGUUAUUUGAUGAAUGAAAUUGAUUGUUGAAG